UUUAAAUUGUAGUCAUAUGGCUUGAGAGGUAAUAGUUUGUUGAUAAAAGUUUUGUGUGUUUAAUAGUAAAAUUUUUAAGUAAGAAUAUAAACAAGUUCAAGUUCAAUUUUCUUGAGAAAAUGUUUAAUUUUUGUUUAUAAAAAAAACAUGGUCAGAUAGAAAAUAGAUUUUUUUAUGAAAAUGAGUACCAAAAUAAUCACACCGCAAGCAGCAAACAUGCGAAAAUUCGAAGAGAUCAGAAUUCCAGUGCCGUGGGGUCACAUCGCUGGUCGUUGGUAUGGCACAAAGUCCGUCCGACCCAUCCUCGCAUUGCACGGCUGGCUAGACAACUAUGGCACUUGGGACACCCUCAUACCACUGCUCCCGCCGCACAUCGGCAUCCUUGCCAUCGACAUGCCUGGUCAUGGAGAAUCGUCUCGUCUGCCCGAUGGAAUCGUCUACCAUGGCCACGACUAUUUGAUAGACAUCCUCCGAGUGAUGCAGCUAUACAAUUGGAAUAAGGUCUCUAUAAUGGCCCAUUCGAUGUGCUCAAUGUUCGCAUUUGUCUUUGCUGCCUACUAUCCCGACCGAGUCGAUAUGCUCAUCCAAUUGGAUGCCAUAAAACCGCAUUACCAUUCACCAGAACAAACCAUCAUUCUCAUCAACGGUUACAUGGAGAGUUUUCUGCUCGAGGAGAAACGCAAUCGAGAUAAGUACAGCGAACCGCCAUCGUAUGCCUAUGAAGAAGUCGUCCGAAGGAUUCAUGUGGGCUCAAAUAAAUCGGUGGACAAGGACAAAUGUAAACAUCUGAUUCGGACGAAUGUCACCAAAUCCACGCUCUAUCCGGCUAAAUAUUAUUUCUCGCGAGAUUCCAGAUUGAAGGGGUUUUUGAGCUUCUUUGAGAGCAUGGAGUCGCUGAUAGUCAUGGCGAAACGUAUUAAAAUUCCACAUUUGGUAAUUAAGGCUUCGAGGUCACAUUUAAUCAAUGAAGUAGAUGAUCGUAUUAUUGAUGUGCUGCAGGAUAAUAAUCCAUAUUUUGAAUUCCACAUUAUUGAGGGUAGUCAUCAUGUGCAUUUAAACAAUGCCUCGGAGACAAGCAUUCUUGUGAACACCUUUAUUAACAAAUGGAAGAAGCCACAAGCUGCUGCUGACAAUGUAGACAACUAUGCCAACAAUGACGAUGGGUUAAAACCACAACCACAAAUUUGUCCCAUGAAACCUCAAGGCAUGAAUUUCAUGCAAAAGGCAAAAUUGUAAAAUUACUUGGAAUUAGAAUUGGGAAGCCUUUAAACUGAAAUUGUUUGUAGGGAAGAAGAAGCUUUAUAUCUAUUUUCAAAUUAAUUAAACGUUUUUUGAAUUUAGGGAUAUUUUGUGUAUAGUUAAAGAAGCUAAUGUCUACAGAGGAGGUAUUUUAUAUGAGUUAAAUA